GGCUACACAACCUACCGGCCGGGUUCUGCUUAACUGGUUCAUUUUCCGACGACCAGCUUACAGGGCUUUCCGAACACCUCUUCAGUCAUCGAGUUUAUUAUUGCUCUGAAAUAUACCCUUGUACCAAACCCAGAUCGUCACUGUACCCCGGCGGCCUUAUCCUCUUGCAAAACUAGUUGAGAGGCUCCUCACUAACUAUCCGAGGGGGAAAUACCGACGGAAGUGGCGUAUGCCACCUAGCCGAAACGACCACAAUGGAUCGCGCCGAGGAGGUUAUCGAUUCGCAUGACAGCGUACAAGAACGUGUCGGCGCCUACGAAACAAGGCUGGAGGGACGGAAAGAGUCAUUUGAAGCUUUCUUAUCUUCACAGCGGAAGUUCGCGCGCCUCACCGCGAUCCCUGCCAGUAGUUUCAAGGCGUUUCUAGACCACCACUACACUGUCACAGCCAGCGACUUGGUCGAUGUAGACUCGAUCUUCGGAGAAGUGCAGAAUACGUAUACAAAGAUUCGGGGCGCAGAGGGAGCACAGAGCAUCAAGAUAACCGCCCUAUACGAAAGACUCCAGUCGCUCCGUCAAUCCUUUCACACCCUUCUCGAGAGAAUGAAUGAUCUCUUACAGGGAUGCCGGAGAAUUAUUGACUGGGGACAAGGUGCCCAACGGGCUGAGAGUUCCAUAUGGCUCCGCCAAAAACUAGAAAAUAUCGAUGUCUCCACUAACGCCCGUGGUGACCUAGAAAUCCCGCCUCGGUUCGAGUCAUUGUAUGACUUCCUAACCGAGGAAGCCCUAGGCUUACCAGACCCCCCCCAGGCCGAGGCAACGAGACCUCUCCCGUCGAGCAGAAGGCGAAGGUUGACGGGAGAAUCGAGCACGGCUUAUCCCUCGAUCCCAGAGACCUCUGCGGGCUACACUUCGGCUCGGGACCCCCUCGAAGUCAGGGCACAUAGCGAUGGCCCCGUCGAGGAUCCGAAUGAAGACGCUCCGACUCCCGAGUUGCCAGAGGACUCAGAUGGCUCAGAUGCCGAUGCCGAUCCUCUUGCUGCUGCUGCUAUCGCGGUCAGGGGCACUCAAAAGCGGGGUGCAAAGGGAGCCAGGACCACUCUGGGGCGGAAAGGACGUGACGGAAACCCGUGGUACGGCGAGCAUAAUGAACGGCUUCUUAUCAACCAAGGGUUUCUGGAUACGGUAUCCGCAGCGGAGGAUUACUACAAGGAUAACCCGCCAUUUAACGGGACACCAGAAGAGACGGAUGCAGCGCGCGCGUUCCUUAGUACCGCCCUCUACGUCAUCGGGCUUGAGGACCGUAUAGAAGAUGCCAUCGAGACAGAUAGUGAUUUCUAUGACGCUAAGUUGGACAUAAAAACUGGAUUCUUUGCUCCCCGCUUCUUGAAUCCUGAGAUUCGAAGUCAUCACCUGGCCUUUCGGGGCAGUGGUGAAAACGAAGGAUUCAACGAAUUCAAAGCACGACUAGGGGGUGGCUUGAGCCCUCAGGAAGCAGCCGGGAUCAACCCGGGCGAGGCGGCUUCACAUACAGGGCAUCUUAGGGGCGGUUCCGGUUCACUCGACGCCUCGUCAAGUCCGGCCCCAAGUGUCAGCGCCUUCAAGCAGAGCAUCGGAAUCGCAUGGACAAGACCCCGCGCGGAAUGGGAUCAGCUUCGCCGGGAUUCCGAGGUACAGACCAAAGAAUUACCCCAGAAUGUCGACGAACUUCAAAAUAAGAGACCCAUCAUGUAUCCCGGCACAGAUAUGGGAAACGGGUUACGCGGAAAACACUCAAGUGACUUUGUCGACGCGAUCAGUAGAAAUACGGACACAUACAAUGCCGUCAGAAGGGCUACGCAACCUGGUAACCUCACGAGGCUCUUGACGCGUGUCGAGCAAUCAUCCGACGCGGUGAGACUUCGAGUGCAACAAUUCCAGUCUUUCAUCGACGAGGGGGCGGUGUCACGGAAGCGAUAUAGAUUUACGAACAGGAACCAGGGGAACCAGGAGUUCGGAGAGGCGCUCAGGGACGUCUUCGAACUCAGAGUGCUCCAAGUCAUACGCGUUUACAUCCAGAGUAGGCUGCUCGAAAUGGGUGAAAUCUCGUUUAUCGACGCUCUGCAAGCCGAGGCGGUCUAUUUACGAACGCUGAUCCACCACGAAUCGCUGUGGCGCGAAUACGACAUUUUCCGUCAGGCUUACUGGAUAAGCAGCGUCGAACAAAAGAGAAUCGCCAACACCCGGGUAGUAAUACGUCAGGGGCUAGAGAGAUUCUGGGCAUGCCGAAUACGGGAUAUUCGAACGGCGAUCGAAAGGAUUACCGCAGACCCGGAGGCCUUCAGCGGGAAGACACUUCCGGGUCCAGAGUCUAUUCUCCUGGCUGACGAGCCGGUCGAGAUUCCCCGAAUUGACGAUAAGGUUGACGAUAAGGAGGACGUUGGUUUACACGAUGACAAGGUUGAAAUUCCCCCAACUGAGCACCUGGCAGAUGCUCCUCCGCCAUAUAAGCCCGCUAACACCAAGACUGCCGACAAGCGUCCAGAAAAACGUACCGGAGAGUCCAUUGAGACAACUGAACGACCAACCAAAAAGUUAUUCACCGAAUCAGAAAAGCGGCCGCCUGGGGGGCCCCCAAGAAAAUUGUUACAACCCACCGAACAACCAUUGAAGGAGGCCUCCCAGCAGCCAGCCGGAAAAUCCGAAGCGGAUCUGGGUGAGUCUGGUAGAGGGGCCGCUGGGGAACUCAAUGGCUCCUUACUCGAGUGGCUUGAAUCAACUCGCGAUAAGUAUCUAGAGGCCCUAGAUCGGGCAAAGAAGAGGAAUAGGUAUCUUGACGCAGGAAACCCUAGCGAAUAUCAACAGAUCCAGCUAAACAACGUCGAUAUCCUCUCUAAGAAUCAGAUGAUCUGGCAGCUGGACACAGAGAUUCACAACCUCCGAAGCGUCAAUCCCCUGGAGGACAGAAAUGUGGGCAGGGGUGCGGAUAUGAGGUACAGCGUACCCCCUCCCCACGAGUAUUGGGACGGGACCACGACAUUGGAGGAGAGGAAGGACUUGCCUACCGACAUUACGAGUCUAGCUCCCGGUCCCCUACCGGGCGACCACCCGAGGCCGGGCCUGAGCAGGGUCCUCGUCGGCGCCCCAGCUUCGAUCGGGCGGAAUCCUCCCAAACUCGACCUCGCGAAGCCCAGCCCUAUCGAUAUAUUUGCCGGGGUGGUAAGAUUAAGCCCACGGUCCCCACCGACAGACUCCGAAGACGUUAAGCACGAACCACGAACUGGGAACGCUGGGUCUUGGAACUUGUUCAAUCUUCUGAAGGUGGGUGGGUAUGAUGGCUGGAAGAGAUCCCAGCCACCGGCUCUCCGGUCGGAUGAAGAUGCCCUCGCCCUAGCCUAUGAUCGGGCGAUAGGAAACGCGCUCGAGGCGGACCCAAGCCUCUCACCCGAAGAUAAUCCGUCGACUGCUCGGAGCCUACCUGAUAUGCCUCGGAUGGAGACGAAAACCCUCCCAUCCCAACGGAAAGCCUCAGUGCCUAACACACCGUCUGAGAGACCGCCAUCGUACGAUCCGCUCUCGAUCCCUCGCGGUUGGGCCUGGAAUCAACUGCGAUCCAUGAGCCUCUCUGACUAUAUAGGUGGCCUGCCACAGCACCUAAGGGCGAACACAAGACGGGUCGAAGAAAACUGGCGGAUCAUCAAGAACACCGUGGAGACCGUCAGCAAGAUUGCCACCGCUAAGCAAGCGUCGUACACGCCGGUCACGCCGGCCCCUACGUUGACGACGUCACCCUCCAAUCCCACGCAGAUCGGAAAGACCGGACCCGGAAGUUAUACGCUCUCUCAACCGUUGGCGUCGCCGUGGAAACAGUCGGUAGCCUCCGCGAGUAACCAGCCGACAACGCCAGCCUCCGCGGGCAGCCAGCCGAAGACUCCAGCCUCGGACGCCUACAGCUCUCGUGCGUGGACGCAUCGGGAGCUUCACGAGAUCAGGUUUGAAGACUACCUGUUGACGCUGCCGCCGCUGAGGCAGAAGGACGUGAAGCGGGCCCGGGAGAACUGGCAGAUCAUCCGGGACAACAUGGCUGCGAUCAAGAGGACGUUCGAAGACGACUUCCAGCCCUCGGCCGCGGAGGAGCCGGAGGUCUCGCGCCCCCAGCCCGCCGUGCCCCUCAAGUCCUCCGAACCCAUCGAGCCCCUGAGACCUCUCCUUACUCUCCCGCCUCGUUCCGGCCCCCUGGAGACCCCGCGGGUGCCGGCUCCCGCGCCGAGGAGAGUCCCGCAGGCGCCGCCCCCCGCGCGGACGCAAAUCCCGCAGGCAGCGCCCCCUCGCCAGCCCCCUCUGCCCGCGUCUGCGGCGCGCGGCACGAGGUCCGGCCACCCGAGCACGUGGACCUGGGAGGACUGGGCGCCGAUCGGGGAGGAGGCGUACCUGGAGGCGCUGCCGGCCGCGGAGAGGGCGGACCGGAUGAGCGCCAUACACAACAUGGUCGCGUGGCGGCAGGCGGCGUACCUGGCGCGGACGGGCCGCGCGCCGUGGACCCAGCCCGUCGCCGGCCCCCCGCCCGCCGCGCCCGCCGUCCCCUGGUACUCCCCCGUCGACAAGCAGCCGUCCAAGCAGCCGUCUCAGCUGCCCGUGGCCUCGCCAGCAGCGCAGCCACCCACCCACCGCGCCGGCGGCGGCGGCAGGGGCGGCAGGGGCGGCAGGGGCUUCUUCGCGCCGCAGCGGACCCCCGCUCGGGCCCCGGCCCCGGCCCCGAGGCCGCAGGCCGAGACGGCGCAGGCGCGGGGGCAGCCGUCCCGGGGGGUCGGCGCCGCGGCGCCUCCCGCACCCGCAGCUACCGCGAGGGCACCGAAGCGACCAGCGCCGCAGGAGGAGACGCCGCAGAAGCGGCAGCGCACCGGCGACGCGGUCCCCGAGAAGCUGCGGGGGCUCAGGCUGCCGGGUGACAACGGCGGGGGGGAGGGCGACGCGUCGCAGCCGAAGUCGCAGCCGCCGCCGUACAAGUCGCAGCCGCCGCUGGACGCGCCACAGCGCGGGGCGGCGCUGCUCACGGCGCUGCUCCCGCCGCCGCCGCCGUACACGUCCGUGGAGCCGCCGCGGCCCCGUCGCUCGCCGCCGCCGCCCGCGCCCGCUCCGCAGCGGCCGUGGCAAGACCUAGGGAGGGGCGAGGCGGGCGCGCGCGCGCCGGCGCCGAGGCGGCCAGCGCCGCAGCAGCCAGCGCCGAGACGGCCAGCGCCGCAGCAGCCAGCGCUGCAGCAGCCAGCGCCGAGACGGCCAGGGUCGAGGCAGCCUGCGCCGCGGCAGCCAGCGCCACAGCAGCCAGCACCGAGGCGGCCAGGGUCGAGGCGGCCCGGAUCGAGGCAGCCAGCGCCGCAGCAGCAGGAGACGCUGAAGAAGCGGCGGCGGCAGCGCACGAGCGACGGGGUGCCCAGGAAGCCGCGGCGGCCGGCGGCGCCGCGCCACUCGGACGAGGACGAGGACGAGGACGAAGAGGACGAAUCAAACUACGACGAGCCGCUGCCGCCGCCGCGGCGCCCGCCGCGGGCCGGGCGCGCGCCCCGGCGUGCGCCGGAGCCGGAGCCGGAGCCGGCGUACGCGCCCGUCGAGGAGGCGGCGUCGCCCCCGCGCAAGCCCGAGCCGGAGCCGGCGUACCUAUCGAAGCUGGUGGCGAUCCGGCGGCGCGGCGGCGGGCGGCCGAUCCCCGGCUCCGACGGCUGGCCCGACCUGCGCUGGCUCAUCGCCACGUACCUGCAGGCGGACCUGGCCGAGCGCGCGCUCGGCCAGCGCCCCGGCUCCCCCGCCUCCGGCCUCGAGUCCACCGCGCGCCCCGGCUUCCCCUCCCCCAUCAUCGGCAGCGCCGGCGUCGGCAUCACCGCCCGCCACUUCGUCUCCGCGGAUCUCUGAUGGAGCGGGGGAGAGGCCCGGUCGCCGUCGUAGAUAGAAGAACAGCCCGCGCGUGUGCGGCGAGGGGCGGACGGGUUGCGGGUGGCUGGCUGGCUGGCUGGGUAUGGCUGGUCGGCGUUUCUAGGAAGUUAGAGAGAGAGAGAGAGAGAGAGAGAAUGGCAGUUGGUAUGAGAAGAAUAGCAUGGGAUAGGGGAACCGCUGUAUUUCUACAUAUUUUUUUCCUUUUUAUAACCGGUUAUAUAAGGGUAUACACGUAUGGGAAUGUCUAGGUUUCGCGAUAACGGAUGCGAUCGUGACGCGUUUUCGUAUUUGCGUAACGUGGUGGGACAUCACUUCGUUUACUGCCAUGUCUAGAAGGCCGUAAGCACCCGAGCAUUCGACCUACAUACAUUUAUUCCGUCUCCCCUCUCCUCUCGUAGUCGUAGACGAGGGGUGGUAGACGACCGCUGACGCUAUAGCGACGGUAAGACUCAUUAGACCAAUGUCUUUCUCUCGUCUCUCUAUUGUCUGGGGAAUGGGGCAC